UAUCGAAAGGAAAAUUAGUUUAGUGUAAACAAAAGUGUAUUGGUUGCGUGUGCUGAUUACCUUAAACUCUAUGCGUAGAAAUUUUUUCCAAAUAAAAUGAAAUCCACUUCGUGUGAAAUUUCUUUUCCUAAUAAUCCAUCGGGAGUUUUUUACAGUGGUCAAAUGCUCAAUGGUCUUGUUGCACUGAAUUUAAUUAAACCGAAAACGGUCAAAGGAAUUUAUGUGAAAAUUAUUGGCCGCGCUUAUUGUCGAUGGACGUCAGGUUCUGGACAUCACUGUAAAUCUCAUUUCGGCGAAGAAUUCUACUUAAAUGAAAAAACAUAUUUUGUCGGUGAUGACGAUGUUCUACAUCUGAUUGUAGGUGAAGUAAUUCUAGCACCCAACCAAUACAACUACACAUUCAGCUGUGUGCUACCAAUAUCUCUGCCCACAUCGGUCGAAGGAAACAUUGGAUACAUUCGCUACAGUGUUGCCGUACACAUAGACAAACCCUUGUGGCCACAUCAACGAUUCCAGGAAUGCUUUACCGUAAUUAAGGCAUUGAAUCUGAACGAUGAAAUUAUGCUGCGCUGUCCGCUUGUGAAAGAAGAACGGAAUACAUUUUUCACUUGUUGCUCAAUAUUUUGCUGUAAAUCUGGUUCGCUAGUUCUAAGGGGGAGUGUUCCCGUCCGUGGCUAUGUACCGGGACAAACGAUAGAUAUCCUUUUAGAAAUAAAUAAUCGCAGUGCUCAGUCCGUUCAUAAUUUUUUCAUUCAAUUCGUAAAGUACAUACAGUAUUACACGCACGCAAACAGUACAAAUACGAAAUGUGAUAAGACGAUAAUAAAGAGUACCACCUGCAGUGGCUGCCCGAGAAAUCAAACGAAAACUUAUGUCCUAUCCAUAACAGUUCCGUCAGUGCCACCAACCGAGUCAACCAGUAAUAUUGUUAGAGUCAGCUACAGAUUACAAAUUCAAGGAUCUGUUGGAUGUUUUCACGAGGAUCCAGUUUUAGUUUUUCCGCUAAAAAUUGGAACAUAUCCGAUUCUGCUUUGCGAUUCAUCCCAACCACCGACUGAGUCUACGACGGAAAAUUAUGCAAACCAAUUCGAAUCGACAACAUUACUAAAGAGUGCUGCAAGUCCAAAUGUGCCAACUGAAAAUAUUGAUAGCAUAGAUCCCCCAACAUAUGAAGAAGCAAUUUCCGGUAGUGUAGAAACGGGAUUUAGACCAUCGUAUCCAGUUUUUCGACGAUCGCCUUCGUAUGCAGUAAAGCCGGAAUCCUAA